AUUAUUUGGAUAUGCAUCGACCGUAAUUCGCUAUCAAGAGCUGCUGCUGAUUUUUCAGCAGCCGAGCUCCGUUUCCACAUAAAAGCCCAACCGAGAGAAUGCAUUUCCCAAAACUCGUCCUCUGAUUACACAAAAAGCUCGAAACCAGCGAGCAACAGGAGAUCGGAGAAGACGGAGCAGAAGAAGAAGAAAGGACGAUGGGUUUGGAGAGACUGCACAUCUGCCUAUUAAUAAAGGAGAUUCUUCUCAAGCUGGACAUCGAAUCUCUUUCCUCGCUUGCUUGCGUCAGCAAAGCCAUGAACUUCUCAGUCUCUCGGGCCCUUCCCUUUGUCUCCUCUCUCGAUCUCGCAUUUUAUCCGGAUGCGCAGAUUUUGAGUGGCAUUGUUGGUGGCUGCACAGGCCUCAUCAGCCUCACCGUUAACUGCCUCCGCCUCGAAAAUUCGGCAAUCAGAAAUGUUCUGGGGCCACAUAUCCAAGAACUGAAUUUGUUGAGCUGCUCUAUGCUGUCCUAUCAAGUCUUUGCUUCCAUUGGACAGACCUGCCCUAAUCUGAGGGUGCUUAUGCUAGAAUUGGUAGACUCGGAUAAGGAACUUAAGUUUUACCUGGACUGCAUGCUUAAUGGAUGCUUGUUCUUGGAGUCUUUAUCUCUUAAGAUUCGAGGGAGAGAUUUCGAUUCAACUGCUUUUCAGUCCAUUGAUUUCGUCCUACCUAGUACUCUUAAAAGCAUGAAGUUGCAGUCGGUGCUUGAGCAUGACGCGAUUCGUCUAGUUGAUCAAAGUAGAGUUGGUGCUGGCAGGAAUAAUGUGCAAAGAGCUCAUAUCAGCUUUCCCAUCUCUCCAUUGUCAUCUGGAUUGACAUUGCAGCGCUUGUCCCUCGUCUUAGAUGUUAUAUCUGAUCAGCUGAUCAUUGUCAUUGCCCGCAGUCUUCCCCAUUUGGUAGAGCUAGAUCUUGAAGAUAGACCACAUAUGGAACCACUUCCGAACCUCGACUUGACAAACACCGGGCUUCAAUAUGUGGCAUCCUGUCAUCAUUUGAUUGGAUUGUCUCUUGUACGAAGGAGACAAAACUACCAAAUUUCAUUCAAAAGAGUAACUGAUGUGGGCAUGUUUCUUCUUUCUGAGGGCUGCAAAGGUCUACAGUCAGUGAGACUCUGUGGGUUCUCCAAAGUCAGUGACGCAGGCUAUACAUCGAUCUUACAAUCAUGUCUGAACUUGAAGAAAUUUGAAGCUCGAAAUGCCUUCCGAUUGUCAGACUUGGCCUUUCUUAAUGUUAAUGAGUUCCCAUGUUCCCUUGUUGAGGUAAAAUUGCUGUCGUGUAGUUUUAUAACCAGUGAAGCUGUGAAGCAGCUGACCUGUUCCAGCACCUUGGAGGUGCUUUACCUCUGUGGCUGUAAGAGCAUAGCAGAUUCCUGCCUCAGUUCCAUCUCAUGUCUGCGUAGCUUAACCACGCUGAAUCUCACAGGAGCUGAUAUCACUGAUUACGGCUUGUCCAUUCUUGGCCAGGGGACUCCACCCAUUACUCAUUUGUGUCUCAGAUACUGUACAAGGGUGACCGACGAAGGAGUUUCUCUUUUAUUCGAUAGUGGAGGCACAAUUGGCAAAACUUUGUCGUCCCUGGAUUUAGGAUAUAUCCCGAAUAUAUCAGAUAAAGCCGUUCUUACAAUUGCCAUGGUCGGUACGGAGAUUACAGAGUUGUGUUUAAGAUGUUGCCUCUCUGUGACUGAUUCUUCCCUGGAAGUUUUGGCUGCAAGGAAAAGGUUCCGAGACGAAUGCAAACCACUUCGGAGGCUGGACCUUACAAGUUGCAGUGGUUUGUCUAUUGAUUCAUUGGUGUUGCUGAAGAGGCCUUCCUUCGCGGGACUACACUGGCUUGGUAUUGGGAAUACUUAUCUGUCUAGCAAAGGAUACGGAGCUCUGAGUGAUAUUUGUAACCAAAAGCCAUGGCUGAAGAUAUGUCUGGAAUGUUGUGAAAUGGGAUGUUAUGAUGGAUGGCAAUUCCAUGGAGGGAAAUAGAUAUCCUCUAUGAAACUCCCCUUUUAUCGAAAGUUAUUUCUCUGUCGAAGUACCGAGCAACAAAGCCAUUGACGAGGUAAAGAUGGCGGCCUAAUCUGCUCUAGCUGCUAUCACCAGUUGAAAAUAGAGAGCGUGCUCAGCAGAAGAGGUACAAAUUCCAGUCUUGGCUUGCAACAAUCAGUUUAUAAAACCCAUGUUUGAAAUUAAUGAUAGUUUAGUAAUGUUAGCUGAGACAUGUGGCGAAGGAAACUAAUUGACAAUAGAGGGAGUCGUUCAACUCCUUAGAAAAGUCCAUGAUGUUGCUUCUCUGAGACUAA